GGGGGAGGUGGGCACAAUGUUUAUACGUGAAAUUCAUACGUCUUAAGUUGAGCCAUUUAUCCUUAUUUAGGUCAUAAUUAGGACUACAUGAAAAUCUAAUGAAAUUGAUUUGGCUUUUUUAGUCUGUAGCAGGUAAUAAAAAUGUAAGAUAAUUUCCCUGGUUUAAAUAUGGAAAAUUCUAGUGUCUGGGAAUAUGACUUAAUGGUAAAGCCGAACAUGCACGAAGCCUUGGGUUUCAUCCCCAGUGCUACAAAACAAAAAUAAAAACAAAAACUUUUUUCUUUUGUUUCUAAGAAAAACUUCAAGUAUUGAAAAUUCUCCGAAAACCAGAAGCUUUGUUAACUUUUGUAAUAGCAAAACAUGAUCUGAGCUGAUAUAAGACCUAUUGAUGGUCUUUAUUUACUCCCCCUCUUAGAGUGAAAUUCAGAAAUAUUUAUUACGGGGUAUUGCCUCAGACCUCACUGGGAUGUAACAUUAUACCUUCCUAAAAUCCAAACUAUUCUGAAUUUUGAAAUAGAUCUGGCCCUGAGAAUUUUAGAUAAGGGAUCAUAGACCCAUAUUAAUCAGGUACAGUGACUACAGUACAAAUGAAGUCUAAGACACACAGGCAAGAUUAUUAAUCCAGUAACUCAGAUGUAAUAGUGUGAUGCUUUUUAAAAGUGGAACAGUGUUUCUCAAACUUAAACAAUGUAUGGAGCCUUUUUUUUUCUUUUUUGCAGCACUGGGGAUAGAACCUAGGGCCUUGUGCAUGCUUAGCAAGUGCUCUACAACUUGAGUCAGCCAUAGAUCACUUUUAAAGAAAAAAACAAUUGUAGAUUUCAUUUUGAGUACAGCCAACUUUAGUUCCUGAAGUAGUUUUGUUAAAAAAGUUGUCACUCAUAACUAGGGGUUGGUGGCACAUACCUUAUCCAUCUCAAGAGUCAAGCUGGGCAUGACUGUAAUCCCAGCUAUGCAGGAGGUUUAGAUAGAAAGUUUGGGGGCAAAAAGCAGCAGGUCCUAUCUGAAAAAUAAAGCAAAAAAGGAUUGAGUGUGGCUCAUGUGCUACCUGCCCAGCAAGCUUGAGGCUCUGAGUUCAAACUGCCAAAACAACAACAGCAACAAACAAAACAAAAAAGUAAAAAACCUUUUCUCCUUGAAAAUGGUAAAAUGCGUUUUUAUACUAUUAUUAAACUGAAAGCACAAAGUGAAAAUUUGCCCACAAAAUAUUGCCAUGGUACAGGUUGAUUUGAAAAACACUGAUCAAGUGUCAAGUAGUCCUAUGUACUUGAGCAAUUUCUGUAAGCCUUAUGCUUUAGUAAGAAGACUUUGUUUAUAGUAAUGAGCCUUGAUAAUAGGUAACAGGUUAAAGUAUAUUUCUUAUAUUUAAAGAGUAUGACUUUUAAAAGGAUGGGAAGAGAUCUUAUAAAAAUGUCCAGAGUUUUUGAUACUUAACCUUCUGUCUUCAGGAAUAUGUCCUCUCUACUUCUGCCUGGGAAUCAACAUCAUAAUGAGCAACUGUUAUCUACAAUACUACUGUAUUGUAGAUUUAUCCAAAUUUAUAUUGAGGGAGAAAACUUUAAAAAGAUGAGCUAAAGUAAAGAAUAAAGUACUUUACUUACAUUCCCAUGAGAAACUACAGUGGAUCCUUGAUGUCCAAGGGCGUAUGCUUCCAAGGAGACCCACUGAGGAAUCCCACCAAUGCUCAGAGUGCACAGAGCUCAGUAUGCUAAGAUCACACAAAUUCACCUAUACUGUAUGUACAGAAGCUCUCAGCAUCCAUAACUUGAAAUCACAUGGAGUAGGCUACACCACUGUCCCAAAAAUUACUGUUGUAUACACUGAUACUGCUCACCAUAACCUAGAUCUUAUUUUAGGCUCUUUGUCUUGAAUACUGGAGAGCUUGAUUGAAUUUUCCCAUACCGCCAUCCAUCUUCCAUUACAGAUAUACCACUUUUCGAGAAAUCUCAAAUUUCCACUUUAUCACUUUCAUUAAGCACAUAUGUGCCCUUUUUGGGUUCGGAUGAUUACCAUAACUUUUAUGUUGCUUUUUGGGAGGCAUAAUUUCACAAAAUGAAGGGCAGGGAAGCAGAUCAUAUGAUUUAGAUGCAACCAACAAUAAUGCUUGACUGAGAGUGUCUCCACAUUAACUGAGCUGUGUAAGUGCAUGGGAUUUUAUUUUUUUAUUUUAUUUAUUUAUUAUUUGGUCUGCAUUUGCUCAAAAUUGCAUGCUGUGUGCAUUCUGCAAAUAAGGCAGACUUACUGUAAUGUAAACAUCUGGUUCCAGCAGCAUGGCCAUUGAAGUACCUAGAUCAGCAUUCUACUGAGAACAUCCUAAAAUGCUGGAUAAAAGUAAUCUUAAAUUUAUCAGUGCUCUGACACAAAAGUAAAGAAUACUUAGACUGAACAGCAGCUAUGGACUCUUUGAGAAUAAUUGCAAAUUGAGAAGCAGGCAUAUUCUCUGGAUGACGAAUGUAGGAGGAGAUCAGGGUGGAAAAGUAGAGUGAAUAUGAAUGGUGACCUAUAAAAGUAAAUGGGUCCAGUAAUUGGAAUGACUCCAGAUAAGAGAGCUGAAACCCCAGGAGCUGAAAAGGUUGCAGGACUAAGCCAGAUUUACAAAAUGGGAAGCUUGCCUGAAGCUGUUGAUGCUGCCGGGCCAAAGGCCACUCUAGUAGGCAGUGAGUCAGCAGAUGAUGAACUCACAAACUUGAACUGGCUUCAUGAAAGUACUAAUCUUCUAACAAACUUCAGCCUCGGAAGUGAAGGUUUUCCAAUGGUGAGCCCAUUGUAUGACAUAGAAGGAGAUGAUGGGGCAUCAUUUGGACCACCUUGCUACCAGAACUCAGAAAAAAAAUCAGCCACUUCAAAGCCCCCGUAUUCCUUUAGUCUUCUCAUUUAUAUGGCUAUAGAACACUCUCCAAAUAAAUGUUUGCCUGUCAAAGAAAUUUAUAGCUGGAUUUUGGAUCGCUUCCCAUACUUUGCUACUGCACCAACAGGCUGGAAGAAUUCUGUUCGACAUAAUCUAUCCCUGAACAAGUGUUUUCAAAAAGUGGAAAGGAGCCAUGGCAAGGUUAAUGGGAAAGGUUCCUUAUGGUGUGUUGAUCCAGAAUAUAAACCCAAUCUUAUGCAGGCAUUGAAAAAGCAACCUUUUCCUUCUCCACAAAGUGGUUCAUUAUCACCUCACUACUUAAGCUCUGUUCUCAAGCAGAACCAGGUGCGAACCCUCAAAGAAUCUGAUAUUGAUGCUGCCACUGCAAUGAUACUUUUAAAUACUUCUAUAGAACAAGAGAUUUUAGAAUGUGAGAAGCCUCUUCCUCUUAAAACAUCAUUGCAGAAAAAGAGGAAUUAUAACAAUGCAUUCCUCAGUGCUAUACGAUUACAAGAGGGUGAUUCUUUAGCCACCAGCAUUGAUCCAAAAGAAGAUCACAAUUAUAGUGCAAGUAGCAUGACAGCCCAGCGCUGUGCAUCCAGGUCUAGUGUGUCCUCCCUGUCUUCUGUGGAGGAGGUGUAUGAAUUUAUCCCAAAGAGUAGCCAUGUGGGAAGUGAUGGCAGUGAAGGAUUUCACAGUGAAGAAGACACAGAUGUUGAUUAUGAAGAUGAUCCUCUUGGAGACAGUGGCUAUGCAGAUAACUCUCCAAAAGGGCAGCCAGGCAAAAAGAUACGAAAACAGUCACAUCAAGAAAUUGAUGAGGAGCUCAAAGAAGCAGCUGGAUCUCUACUCCACCUUGCUGGAAUUCGUACAUGCCUGGGUUCCCUAAUAAGUACUGCAAAGACACAAAGUCAAAAGCAACGGAAAAAAUAGAAAAACGUAUUAGUGUGAAGUUAUUUUAAUGUGUGGCAGUACUCUCCUACUUCAUUCUUUACAAGGGAUAUCAAAGCCAUAAUGCACUUCUUUAGCUUUAGGGUGGGGAAGUGUGUCAAUUGUUUCUUUGAAAACAUUUUUGAUUGCUUUUUUUUCUUUUUGUAAUUAAACAGUUGUUAGGAUCAUGCCUAAUCGUAAAUAAGUGAUAUAAAGGCCUAAAAGCAUAAUUUUUGUGAUAAGUGUCUCCAAGAUUUAGAAAUUUUUAUAAGAUAAAAUCCCCAGUCUCUGUCUUAAACUUGUAGGAAAAGUCUCUAUUAAUGUGUCACAAUGUAAGAUUUGGCAGUUCUGUAACUUUUUAAACUUUCCUUUCCAAACUGUAAUUAACUGUAGUUACUGAUAUAGCUGAAAAUUUUGCUGAUAUCGUUUUCUUAUAUUUGUUUCCUGACACAAAAUCUAGUAAGGUAAGAUUUGGAAUUUUUAUUUUGUCUUAUUUUUUAUUGUGGCAUGAGCAAAGUCAAAUAUAAAUUGGAAAAAAUCCUAGAUGUCUAGAAAGUUCUUUUUGGUUACAUAGAUAGGGGAUACACCAGAGUUCUAAUAUUUAGAAAAGGCAAUUUGAGGAUGUGAUUUAAUUUAAGAAGACUCUUAAUUCCUAUUACAAUACUAUCUUUGAAAUUUUUUUACUUCAUAGAUAAUGCAUAGCAUCCAUUGGGGCCUUUUAUUCUUUCCCAAAGUGCUUUUCAGCCAUUGUUUAAGUUUUAGCCAUUAACUGUCUUUGUUGAGUAGAAAUUAUCCAAUAAGAGGAUAUAUAGCCAUAGGGAGUAUUAUGGAGUAACAACCAUUUUGACAUACUUUUGCAAUAAGAUUCCUUUGUUUCACCCCCAUCCCUUCCCAGUAUUGGGGAUUGAACUCAGGGCCUCUCCACACUUGGUAGGUAAGUGCUCUACCACUUGAGCCAUGCCCCCCAACUCUUUUUUCAUUUCUAAAUAAACUAUAUUCUGAGAGUCUUGUAAUAGGAAUAGAGUAUAAUAAAGCAUUUGAAUAUCUAUUGCUGUGUCAUCAUAAGUAAAGGUAGGUCAUUGAGUAAAAACCUUCUUUCCAAGCUUUAUAUGAAUUAAAUUGUAUGUAUCCCAGUACCGCCAAAAAAAUUGGAAUAUAUGCUGAAUUAAAUUUUAAAAGAUUUAAUGAAAUGAUACAAAAUGCCUUCAGGGAUUUCAAAACAUGUAAAAUUAGAUCUUAUACAAACCUUUUUCAGAAGGCAAUGUAAUACCUAUAUGUGCCAUUAAUCCUUGCUAAAAGAUUUUAUGUUACUAUUACAAAAGUGCAUUGACUAAGAUGUUUUAAGUAUUUGAACAAAUCUGCUUGCAUGAGGCAGUUUUCAUAUCACUUACAUUGUUGAACUAUAUUACUCAGAAAGAACAAGGGAUUAAUACCAUACUUUACAAUGGUGGGAACAACUUUUUAAAAGUUUAAUCUUCUCCCAUGAUACAUCCUAUAUCAUAAACAAUUUCCCUUUGUCUUCAUUUUUUUUCAUAAUUUAUAUACAUUUAUGUAUAAAUGAACUCACACAG